CAAGGAGAGAGGACAGACCGGGAGCUUAGCUCACUGACAGACGCAUAACAAGAGAGGGGAGAAAGACGAGACCUGGGAGGUCUUGGUUACAAUCUCAAGUAACUUCAACACGAGCUCAGACAAAAAAAAAGAGAAACAAAGGAGGAAAAAAAGAAAAGAAAAAGUCUGGAUUCUGACUAUUUAAAUUUGUUUUCUUGCCUUCGUUGCUUGGAUUUUUUUUGGGACAUUUCAAGAGAAGCAUCUCAGAUAUUUUUCUGUGUCGUAUUUAUUCCUUUUAUAUCAAACACUUUAACUGUUUUACUCAAUCUCUUCUGCCUCCCUCCAGUACUUUCUGGCCAUGAGGAUGUAAACGGGACUUAUGUUUUUGAGGUAGAUAUUGCAGAUGUUGUAAUAUAUAUAUAUAUUAAAAAUCAUAGUUCGUGUUUAAAGAUUUGGAAUAAAAUAACUAUAGAAGAGCUAUAGUUGUAAUCUUAGAUACGGAUGUUGACAUUUUCUGAGAAAUACCCAGCAAAGGGAGACAGCAACCAAAUCAGCCGCAGCACCACCACCAGCUACAUCAUUCUUCAAGCACUGGGCAUUGUAGAUCUACUGCUAAAAGCUGCGCUCACAUCCACUGCUGUCAGACUGUUCUCACUCCAGUUGUUCCACAGGUUUCAACACCUACCAUCCCAGUGAGAUUUUGGGUUCCCAGAUAGAGGAGGUCUACCCGGUGGGGCAGGGGGGUGUCUCCCACUCUCUUUCCUUCUCCCAGCACCCAGCUCAGCAUGCCCCAGCCCCUGAGCACCUCCACAGCUCUCCCAGCUCCACUACCAUGUGUAGAUGGGCAGUGACACAAGGUGCACCGGUCGCCUGGUUCUCCUCCUUCCCCUGCCGCAGACCUCCAUCACUCUUCCUGCCCCUGACCUUCCUUCUGCUGCUUCUCUUGCUUGGACCCUCUGCUUCAUCAACAGACUCUGAAAGGAACCAUGCACCAGGAGGGACUCCUACGCCACCUUGCUGGGUGCCGCUUCUUGCAUCCUCUGCGAGGUUGCCACGGGCGACUAAUGUGUCCGUGUCGUCUGCGACUGUUGUUGGACGACACGUGCGAAGCAGCUACAAGCAUCUACAAGGAGAUGUGCGCAGGAGGAAGCUGUUCUCCUAUCAGAAAUUCUUCCUUCGCAUUGGCAAGGAUGGAAACGUCAAUGGCACCAAAAGAGAGGAUGAUCCAUACAGUAUUUUGGAGAUCAAAUCCGUGGAUGUGGGAGUGGUGGCAAUCAGGGGCCUCAGCAGCAACCACUACCUGGCAAUCAGGAAGAACGGAGUUCUGUACGGAGCGAAGGAGUUCGGUCCUGAUUGUCGUCUAGUUGAACGGAUUGAGGAGAACCAGUACAACACCUACGCUUCUGCCGAGUGGAGGACCAAAAAAAACAAGUGCAUGUUUGUAGGACUGAAUGCCAAAGGAAAGCCAAUGAAGGGAAAAAGAACACGGAGGAAAAACACAUCAACUCACUUCUUGCCCAUGGUGGUGCCGCCACGAUGAUGGGAUGUAUCAGCAAGCUGAAGGAUGUUUAUUGGAGUUACAGUGAUGGCUACAUGGGACAGAUCUGAACCUGGUCUGUAAAAUGCACUGAGAAGGAAACAAAACGAAAUAUACUGAGUAGACUGCUUGUUUGGAUAAGGACAAUACUAUUUUUAAAAAGAAUAUAUAUCAAUAUACAAUGUAUAUAUUAUUUUUCGAUUUAAGUUAUAAAGUACACUGGCACAGUGAACACAAAAGAAGCAAAGAUUUGUGCCAAAAUGUGAUUGAAUUAUUCACAUUUAUAGAUUUGUGGAGUGCAUGGAAAAAGAGAUAACGGUAUCUUCAGAAACCUGAACAAAAACAGUAAAGAGAGAAUAGCCUGUUCAUGACAGUAACAACACAAAUCUAACUAUAUCAUGUCUCUUUCUCCAGAUUUAUUUAUUUUAUGUUAUAUUUAACAGAAACAAAGAAUAGAAGACAUAUUCUUGUCUUUUUUUCUUCCAUUUAUGCUUCUCUUUUUAAAACUACUAAUCAUUUAAACCUGUAUAAAUAAAAAGAAUAUAUUUGUCUUUAA